UUUUUUUGUCUUUAAUGGGUUUCUUUGGAUGAACUUCAAACUUUGAUCAGCUUCUCAGUGAAGCAAAGGUUUGAAAGAGGGGAACAUGCUUCAUGGGUGAACACUAAAAAUAGAAAAGAUUGGAUUUUUAAAUUGUUUUGAAGAAGCUGUGGCCGUUCAUGAUUUAUUUUGGAUGAUGGGGAUUUUUUAGUUGUUUAAUAGAAAAUAGUUUUUUUUUUCUUUUCCUUUUUCUUUGGAGGUGUUAUCUAUGUGGGAAGGAAGAUUCAGGGGAGGUUUGUUUUUUGUUGGAUUUGAAGAAAGUUUUCUUCUUUUUUUGUUGUUUUUGGUAACCGUUGAAAUGAGGAAUUGAGUUAUAGUUUAAGGUUGCAGUAUGAGUUGUGGUGAAACGGAAAGAGGAGGGGAAGAGAAGGAAUAUGAGGAGAACAGUUCUGUGGGAUUGGAAUCAAAAUCAGUGAGGCAAAGCAACGGUUCAAUUGAAAAUCAGCAGCUAACAAUUGAUGAGAAUCUUCUGGUUGACCCCAAACUACUGUUUAUUGGGACAAAGAUUGGAGAAGGAGCUCAUGGGAGGGUUUAUGAAGGAAGGUAUAGAGAUCGGAUUGUUGCGAUUAAAGUUCUAAAUCGCGGGAGCACUUCAGAAGAGAGAGUUUCCCUUGAAAAUCGUUUUGCUCGGGAAGUUAAUAUGAUGUCUCGUGUCCACCAUGAGAAUCUUGUUAAGUUUAUUGGAGCUUGUAAGGAUCCCCUGAUGGCGAUUGUUACAGAGCUGUUGCCUGGCAUGUCGCUGCGAAAAUAUUUGAUUGCCAUACGCCCUAAACAACUAGACCUUUAUGUGGCUAUAAACUUUGCCCUUGACAUUGCUCGAGCUAUGGAUUGGCUGCAUGCCAAUGGAAUCAUACAUAGAGAUCUGAAGCCUGACAAUCUUCUGCUUACAGAAAAUCAGAAAUCAGUUAAACUUGCUGAUUUUGGCCUGGCAAGAGAAGAAUCUGUGACUGAAAUGAUGACUGCAGAAACUGGAACUUACCGUUGGAUGGCACCAGAGUUGUACAGUACUGUGACAUUGCGUCAAGGGGAGAAAAAGCAUUACAACAACAAGGUUGAUGUCUAUAGCUUUGGAAUUGUUUUGUGGGAGCUACUAACUAAUCGCAUGCCUUUCGAAGGGAUGUCCAAUUUACAAGCUGCUUAUGCUGCUGCCUUUAAGGUACAAAAUUUGAGGCCUAACCUUCCUGAUGAUAUAUCUCCUGAUCUUGCCUUUAUCAUACAAUCAUGUUGGGUUGAAGAUCCUAACAUGAGACCAAGCUUCAGUCAGAUUAUCCGCAUGCUCAAUGCGUUUCUCUUCACACUCGAACAACCGUCCCCUUCGUUGCCGGAACCUGACAAUGAACCUGAAGUCGCCACAAGUAACGGUACCAUAACUGACUUUUCUACCCGAAAUAAAGGAAAGUUUGCUUUUCUUCGCCAUUUGUUUUCUUCGAAGAGAACCAAAAGCUAACCUGAGUGAGUUGUAUAUUUUUAAAAAAAUUCCCUUUGUUGUAGAUAAAAGAGUUCUCAAUGUACUUUACAUAAUUUAAUGCAUUUACAAGUAAUCGUCCAAGGUGACAACUGGAAGGAUGUAACAUGUUCAACAGAAGAGUAGAAUGAUGUUGAUAGACUUUUUGAAAGAGUAAGGAAAAAAGAAAGGUUUGUUUAUAUCAUGUAGUUGAUCUUCUUGUAAAA